AUUAUAAGUGACCAUAUGAUAAGGUACAAUUUUGAAUUUGAACUUUUGUGGCAGUGUGUGAGAGAUGAUGAUCUGGGGUUUGACCCAUUCCACGAGACCCAAAAGGCUUUCGCAGAAAUGAUGGAGAAGGAGGAACCGAACCAUCAACACAAUUUCCAACCUAAGCUGCUCGCAAUGCAGCAUAAUCACCAUAGGAUAAGCACGUGUACAAAAACUUGUAGAUGGGCUGCGGAUCGGCUCAUCUAUAUCUCCUCGUACUCGGCUUCCUCCCCCUGGCUUCACAUCCACCCCGAACCACAUGAAUGCCUUCGGACUUGGCAUUCCACGUACAGGUAAUACAGUCACUGUCAAU